AUGGGAAAUCAGUCGUCGAAGGAGGGCGGUUCGUCCUCAAGGUCGGGCGCCGGUCCAGGUGGCGACCGCAUCGAAAGUCUACAGUCAUACCCCUCCUUUGGCAGGUCCGACACCAAGGAGUCAUCUCGCUCCUUCAAGGCUCUUCGAUCCAAGAUCCCGGGCACUGGCAAGACAGAUAGCCCGCGCAAUUCUACCAUCCUCAGUAAUGGCGACGAGAAGUCGGAUGUAGCCUCGGUGAAGUCUGGCAGGAGCGGAAGAUCACGCGGCAGCGUCAUUUCAGCCUCCGCGCCUCAGUCUCCUCAGUCGCCCGACGAAGCAAGAUCCCCAUUCGACGAAGACCAGCCGCCGCCGUCCCCUGUGCAGUCCGCCUCGAUCCGGGCUGGUCAUGGAGAUAUCACAGCUGCGCAGGCAUCUGGCGAGGUAGAUCAUGUAUCUGACCAGCCACCAUCUGGUUCAACUCCUUCGAACCCCGACGUCGCUGUCCAGCCAGGUGCGUCUAUUCUCGUCAGAAAGGACAGCACUAUCAAUCCGAUUCUGCAAGAUGCCACCAAUGGUAGCGCCAAGGACGAACCGACUGCUGGCAUUGCCAUGAACGAUAUCAAGGACAUUGACCUCGACGACUAUAUCAAGCGUCUGCUUGACGCAGCGUACGCUGGCAAGGUCACGAAGAGCGUGUGUCUUAAGAAUGCCGAAAUCGUAGCCAUCUGCCACAGGGCUCGCGAAGUCUUCUUGUCCCAGCCUGCGCUUCUUGAGCUGGAUGCGCCAGUCAAAAUCGUUGGUGACGUCCACGGCCAGUAUACUGACUUGAUUCGCAUGUUUGAAAUGUGCGGCUUCCCACCCAGCUCAAACUUUCUCUUCUUAGGUGAUUACGUCGACCGAGGCAAGCAGUCCCUGGAGACGAUACUGCUUCUCCUGUGCUACAAACUCAAGUACCCUGAGAACUUCUUCCUCCUUCGCGGCAACCACGAGUGUGCCAACGUCACGAGAGUGUAUGGGUUUUACGACGAGUGCAAGAGACGAUGCAACGUCAAGAUCUGGAAGACCUUCAUCGACUGCUUCAACACCUUACCUAUCGCGGCAAUUGUUGCUGGAAAGAUCUUCUGCGUUCAUGGCGGACUGUCACCAGCUCUGAGCCACAUGGAUGACAUCCGCAACAUCGCACGACCUACAGACGUCCCCGACUAUGGUCUACUGAAUGAUUUACUCUGGUCUGAUCCUGCCGACAUGGAGCAAGACUGGGAAGCCAAUGAACGUGGAGUCAGCUAUUGCUUUGGUAAAAAGGUCAUUACCGACUUUCUUGCUACACACGAUUUCGACUUGGUUUGUCGUGCUCACAUGGUUGUUGAGGAUGGUUAUGAGUUCUUUACAGACAGAGUCCUGGUCACUGUUUUCAGUGCUCCCAAUUAUUGCGGUGAAUUCGACAAUUGGGGCGCUGUCAUGUCAGUCUCUUCCGAGCUUCUCUGCAGCUUCGAGCUUCUGAAGCCACUUGACUCAUCGGCACUGAAGAGUCACAUCAAGAAGGGCAGAAACAAGCGCAACACGAUGCUCAACAGCCCACCUGCCAGUGUGCAGCCUCAAAGCGUGUAA